UCGCGCACGCGUGAAGUUCGAUGCGAAGCAAGAUAGCAAGUUAUUUAAUUUACCACUAAGCACAGUUACUUAGUGAGUGUGAGCCAAGGAAGCUAGGGCCUGGCCACAAUCAUUGUGUCGCUAGUUGAAAUCCGUCAAGUUAAUUACUGAUAACAAAAUGCGGCAUGAUGCGACAUGUAUACUCCAGGCGCUCUUUUCCAUGAUUAUUGUGAUAGGAGCGAUUGAGGCUCACAUUCGCAUUCAGGCAAAUGAGGAGCAUGUGGAUUCUAAGUUUAAGCCGGAAUUCGUUCGUUCUGCGGUAGAGAGUAUGACAGUGUAUAAUUACUCCGAGACCGUUUUUCGUUCCGAAACACGAACCGAGUUUGGAGACGUAUUUCUGCCACUGCGCAGUGCCGUGGAGGAUGUUCCCACUGUAAAUCAAAGAAACUUGGCAACGCUAGUGCAGUCUUCUGGCAUACGUUCCUUUGUGCGUGAUUCCGUAGAAUCAGCACCCAAAGACGAAGAGAAGAUCGUAAAUUCAAUCACAAAUGUGGACAGCUUUAUCAGAAAUACUGAUUUGGGGUCAAACAAUAAUAGUGGCAAGCAAACAGAUCUGAUAGAUCCAGAUGCUUUUAUAAUUUCCGAUAAAUAUGCUGCUUUCAUUACUCAAGCAAACUCAGACGACUUUUAUCCAAAGCCAUACCGUGCGGGAUCACCGCAUCAACACUUGCUCAAAACUGUCAAUAUCGAGCAACUGGAGCACAUCGAUGAACUAGACCGUUAUGCCGAUAAGCAGUUUAACAAAGCAUAUAAGCAAGAAGGUGUGCAGAAUCAACCAUACGGAGCUCUGGCACCAAUUAAGAGGAAGGACUUUAAUGUGGCUACGAAAGUUCUAUGUUAUAUGUCAAACUGGGCAUUUUACCGAACUGGAGAUGGUCAUUUUGUACCGGAGCAGAUAGACUAUAAGCUCUGCUCUGCUAUUAUCUAUUCGUUCGCAUCCCUGGACCCCGAUCACCUCACCAUUCGAGAGUUCGAUCCCUGGGUGGAUUUGGAUAACCAAUACUAUCGCCGGGUGACAUCCCUGGGAGUUCCGGUUUUAAUCGCUUUAGGUGGCUGGACAGAUUCUACUGGCUCCAAGUAUUCUCGCCUGGCCAGCGAUAAUAUCAAGCGACAGGUAUUCGCGUCAAGUGCGGCUAGCUUUCUACAGCGUCAUGGAUUCAGUGGCCUGCACCUGGACUGGAACUACCCAAAGUGUUGGCAGAGUGACUGCUCAAAGGGACCUUUAUCCGACAGGCCCAACUUGACCAAACUUCUUCGUGAAUUGCGUACCGAGUUUCAGCGUAUUAAUCCAAAAUUUCAGGUAGGAGUGGCAAUCUCCGGCUAUGAAGAGAUUAUAAAAGAAGCCUAUGAGUUUUCUGCAUUAUCAGAAAUAGUGGACUAUAUGACAGUUAUGACCUAUGACUACCAUGGCGCCUGGGAGCGUCAAACGGGUCAUGUGAGUCCGCUUUAUGGCUCAUUAUCGGACAAGUAUCCCCAGUACAAUACUGACUACACCAUGCAACUACUGUUAAAAAUGGGAGCGCGGAGAGAAAAACUUGUGUUGAGCAUUCCAUUUUAUGGGCAGAGUUUCACAUUAGAACGUAGUCACAAGAAGCUGGCAGGACCAGGCACUCCAGCCACUGGACCUGGAAAAGCUGGAGACUUGACAAAGCAGCCGGGCAUGCUUGCUUACUACGAAAUCUGCAAGCGCAUAACAGAGUCCAGGUGGAUGAGUGAUCGGGAUGCAAACCGGAGAUCCGGUCCGUUUGCCAUGCUGAACGACCAGUGGGUAGGUUACGAAGACACGACCAGUGUCGAAGCCAAAGCUCGAUAUGCGGCCAAGAACAAUUUUGCAGGAGUGGCAGCCUGGACCGUUGACCUUGACGAUUUUCGAAAUGCGUGUUGCAGCGAGUCUUAUCCCCUACUGAGGGCCAUUAACCGGGCAUUGGGACGCUUAGAUUCGGAGCCGCCUACUUUAAAGAACUGUGAGCGUCCGCCGUCGGUGAUCACACCCGUGCCACCCCAAAUGACAACGAUCAGUAGCGAUGGCUCUGCGGGAUCGGGACAGAAUCACGAUCAUACUACUUCCGGGCUGAGUUGGGAGCCUAGCACUAGUCCCACCAUCAGCACUACGAGAAAACCAAAAACAACCACAACUAAAAGACAAAAGAGUACUACCACUGCCAGCACCUCCUGGUGGAUCUCGACAACAGGACGUCCAAUCAAGCCGACAAGGACCACCACCAGACCAAUUUUGACCACGAUCCCCGUGCCUGCAGUAAUCUACCCGGUGGUGCAGGCUUCGUAUUGUAAGAGUGGCGAUUUUUACCCCGACUUAAAAAAUUGUAACGCUUAUUAUCACUGCAUUAUUGCUGGGGAGUUGCGGCAGCAAUUCUGUCCCGGCGGUCUUCACUGGAACAACCAGGCCAAGGGAUGCGACUGGCCGUCGUCUGCUCAGUGCUCAGUAAAAAGUAAAGAGGAAUCGAGUAAUGAUCGCCCAAAACCAGGAGCAACGUCUAAGAAGCCAAAGAAGACCACAACAACUUUAAAACCCAUUAGAAAAACGACCGUACGACCACUUUCAUCUGGCAGUUGCAAGGAGGGGGAGUACUACACCCACAGAUCUUGCGGCAAGUAUUACAUUUGCGUAAAUGCAGCCUUAGUACCUAGUGAGUGUGGAGGAGAGUUACACUGGGACGCAAUUCGUAAAACCUGCGACUGGCCAGAGAACGUACAGUGUGUGACAAGUAAGAAAUACUUGAAAAUUAUUCGAGCGAGUAGUGUUAACGCGGAAGAUCCUUGCAACGGCGAAGAGCGAGUACCCUAUCCAGCUGAUUGUUCUAAGUAUCUUUUCUGCUUAUGGAACCGCCUUCAGGCUGCUGACUGCCCGCCGGGACUGCACUACAGUGAGACAAUUGCUAACUGCGACUGGCCAGCAGAAGCCAAGUGCAAUCAGGAUGGUGGUAAUGGCAACGGAGGAUCAGAGCCGAGUGCAACUGCAAAGCCUCCGGCGCUAGCCAAACCAGCAACCACUACCCAAAUCCCUAACAGCCUUUUGCGUCCCACCUAUCCCACAGAAAAACCAGUACUCAAGCCCUUUGAUGGCUAUUACAAAGUUGUGUGCUAUUUUACCAACUGGGCCUGGUAUCGAAAGGGCAUAGGUCGCUACACUCCAGACGACAUUAACACGGACAUGUGCACUCACGUAGUUUAUGGGUUCGCAGUGCUGGACUAUUCCGAACUCAUUCUGCGAACCCAUGAUUCCUGGGCCGACAUUGACAACAAUUUCUACACGAGGGUCAGUAGUCUAAAAAGCAAGGGCAUCAAGGUAAGCUUGGCGCUCGGUGGAUGGAACGAUUCGCAAGGUGAUAAGUACAGUCGCUUAGUACGAAGUCCAUCAGCACGGGCUCGCUUUGUCCGCCAUGCCCUCGAGUUCAUAAAAAAAUACGGAUUUGAGGGUCUUGACCUAGAUUGGGAGUAUCCAGUGUGCUGGCAAACAGAAUGCAGUAAAGGGUUCACUGAGGAGAAGGAAGGCUUUACCGCUUGGGUUCGGGAGCUUUCUGAGGCGUUUCGACCCCGUGGACUUUUGUUAUCUACUGCAGUCUCUCCUAGCAAAAAAAUCAUAGAUGCCGGAUAUGACGUUUCCCAGCUGUCUCACUUAUUUGAUUGGAUCGCUGUGAUGACAUAUGACUUCCACGGGCAAUGGGAUAAAAAAACUGGACAUGUAGCCCCUCUGUACCAACAUCCCGACGAUGAUUUAGAAUAUUUUAACGCGAACUUUUCCGUACACUAUUGGAUCGAAAAGGGAGCACCAUCACGCAAAAUCGUAUUGGGUAUGCCGCUAUACGGCCAAUCCUUUACUUUAGAAAAUGCCAGCAACAAUGGAUUAAAUGCCAAGUCAUCCGGGCCCGGCCAAGCUGGAGAAUUCACUCGGGCCGCAGGAUUCCUUGCUUACUAUGAGAUUUGUGAACGGGUCAAUCACCAGGGCUGGAAGGUGGUCAAUGAUAAACUUGGACGCAUGGGCCCGUAUGCCUUCAAGGGAAUGCAGUGGGUGUCCUACGAUGACCCAGUUACUAUUCGAAAAAAGGCACAAUUGGUAAGGUCAUUGGACCUUGGCGGAGGUAUGGUGUGGGCCCUCGAUCUCGAUGACUUCCGCAAUCGGUGUGGAAAUGGCGUGCAUCCUUUGCUCCGUGAGAUCCAUGAUGUGCUUAAGGAUUCACCGAGUUUAUUGGAACCACCAACAACACCUUCGGCUGAAGACCAAACUGACGUAGAGUUGUCGGAAGCCAGCGGAGUAGAAGCGACUGAAAAUAUUGAGAGCGAGAGCGUGGAUGAAGGCGUAGAAACUUCGGUAGAGGGAGAACCUGACUACGGAGAGGGAAGUUUCGAAGCAGUUUUACAACCAGUAACGGAGGCCAACCAUGAGGCAGAAUCCUUAGGGAUAUCAUCACAAAACGAGAUCGACCCAAACAAUGAGGUUGAGGAGGAGAUCUUGGAAAUUGAAUACGGAGAACCUAUCCCAGGUACUGGUGUGUCCAACGACUUUAAGGUUGUCUGCUACUUUACGAACUGGGCAUGGUACCGCCAAGGCGGUGGAAAGUUCCUGCCAGAAGAUAUUGACGCAGAUCUGUGUACCCACAUUGUCUAUGGCUUCGCUGUUCUAAGCCGUAACAAUCUGACGAUUCAGCCUCACGACUCCUGGGCGGACCUAGACAACAAGUUCUAUGAGCGGGUUGUGGCCUACCGCAAAAAGGGAGUGAAGGUCUCCGUGGCCAUUGGUGGUUGGAAUGACUCUGCUGGCGACAAGUAUGCCCGACUUGUAAGAAAAUCUGAGGCACGAACGCGGUUCAUCCGCCAUGCUUUGGAAUUCAUCGAGAAGUAUAAUUUUGACGGACUGGAUCUGGAUUGGGAGUACCCUGUGUGCUGGCAGGUGGACUGUAAAAAGGGUACAGCAGAUGAAAAGAUUGGAUUCACUGCCCUGGUACGGGAGCUGUCGGGUGCCUUCCAAGCAAAAGGCCUGAUCCUCUCCGCUGCCGUAUCACCCAACAAAAAAGUUGUGGACGCCGCUUACGAUGUUCCCGAGUUGUCCCGCUACUUUGACUGGAUCUCUGUGAUGGCCUAUGACUACCACGGCCAGUGGGACAAACAGACUGGUCACGUGGCGCCAAUGUACAACCACCCCGAAGGAACUGUAAACUUUAAUGCGAAUUUUUCGAUGAACUAUUGGAUAUCAAGAGGAACUGACCGACGGAAGCUUAUAAUGGGUAUUCCUAUGUACGGCCAGUCAUUCUCUCUGGCUGAGAAGGCUGAGCACCAGCUAAAUGCGCCUACAUACGGCGGCGGGGAAGCAGGGGAUGCGACAAGGGCUAGAGGGUUUCUGGCAUACUAUGAGAUCUGCUUGAACAUCCGCCAGCGCAGGUGGAACGUUGUGAGGGAUGCCAGGGGUCGGAUGGGACCCUUCGCCUACCUAGAAGAUCAGUGGGUCUCCUUUGACGAUACACAUAUGGUUCGACACAAAAGCGAGUACGUCAAGGCUAUGGGACUUGGUGGUGCCAUGGUCUGGGCACUUGAUCUGGACGACUUUAAAAAUUACUGUGGAUGUGAAUCUUACCCCUUGCUAAAAACCAUAAAUCGCGUGCUUCGAGGUUUAGGUGGUCCACAUGAAAAAUGCGUGCUUGAGCAACGAGAGAAGACGACUAUUGCAAGCGCCAGUCCGUCCACUGUUAACUCGCAAAUAGGAACUGAUCUAUCCCCUGCUCCUGCCAUACAGAAUGCACCUCUAAGUAACCCUAGCCAGCCGAACCCAGCCAUUAUAUGCGACGGGAAAAACUAUUUGCCCCACGAACUCGAUUGCAAUAAGUACUACAUCUGCCAGCAUGGAAUGCAAGUAGAGCAACGGUGCCCUGCGGGUCUUCAGUGGAAUGAGAACUACUGCGACUGGCCGAACAAUUUUAAGUGCUCGGUGCGAUCUGAUCAGACCACCCAACCGCCAAUAAUGUAUCACCCGAAACCUACUAGCACCUUUGCGGAGCGUCCAACAACCAAUGAGCCUCUUAUCCCGAACAAUAUUUCGCACCCGAAUCCAAUAACACCUUCUCACUUGGGCAGUGGCGAAGCUUACAAAGUGAUCUGCUAUUUUACCAACUGGGCAUGGUACAGACCGGGUCAGGGCAAGUAUGUUCCCGAGGACAUAGACGCUAAUCUAUGCACCCACAUCAUCUACGGCUUUGCGGUGCUUGAUAGCAAUUCGCUGACCAUUAGGACUCAUGACAGCUGGGCGGAUAUCGACAACAGAUUUUACGAGCGCGUGGUAGAGUACAAGCAAAAGGGACUUCGCGUUUUGGUGGCCAUAGGAGGAUGGAAUGAUUCGCUGGGCAGCAAGUAUGCGCGCCUGGUUCUUGACUUACAGGCUCGAGCACGCUUUAUCGCAAGUGUGCUUAUAUUUGUAGAAAAGUACGGCUUUGAGGGUCUGGACUUAGACUGGGAGUACCCGGUGUGCUGGCAGGUGGAUUGUGCAAAAGGUGAUCCAGCGGAAAAGCACGCAUUUGCUGCUCUGGUGAAGGAACUUUCGGAGGCCUUUAAGCCAAAGAGCCUGCUCCUUUCGGCAGCGGUUUCGCCAAGUAAAAUAGUAAUCGACGCCGGAUACGAAGUGUCCAAGCUGUCUCGAUACUUUGACUGGAUCGCCGUAAUGACGUACGACUUCCACGGUCACUGGGAUAAACGGACAGGUCACCUUGCUCCGCUUUACCACGUAGAAGGUGAUAUCAAUCCACACUAUAACGGAAACUUUAGCAUACACUACUGGCUAGACCGGGGCGUUCCCGCGAGCAAGCUGAUUAUGGGAAUGCCAAUGUACGGCCAGUCCUUUACGCUGGCUGAUCAAAGCCACUCGUUAAUAAAUGAUAAGUCCGUAGGUCCGGGGAAGGCAGGAGCCUACACUCGAGCUGGCGGAUUUUUGGCGUACUAUGAGAUCUGCGAAAUGAUCGGAAAUGGCGGCUGGACUGUAGUACGGGACAUAGAGGGUCGCAUCGGACCCUACGCCCAUAGUGGCAACCAGUGGAUCUCUUACGAUGACGUAUCGGACACUCGGCGGAAGGCGGAGUUUAUUAAAAGACUUAGCCUAGGUGGUGGGAUGGUAUGGGCCCUUGAUCUGGACGACUUUCGCGGCCGCUGUGGUUGCGGCAAACAUCCAUUGCUCAGGACUCUCAGUCAGGAGCUGCGAGACAUCCCCGGCCAACGUGCAAAGGAUUGCACAUAAUAUAUAGUCCCUUCUUUUGCUGCUGGAUUGCCUUGCACUUUAUUUAAAUUUAUUUUGAGCGGUUAUAUACACUUGUACCCAGAAUAAAUUGCCCUUUAUACGAAUUUUGUUUUGUAUUGACUAAUGGUUCACAGCUUAUUCCAACCAGUCUACACCAAAAACUUUAUCACCCCUCAAAAACUAAACAAAACAUGUUAUCAUAAUGAUUAAAGCGCCGAAUACAUCUAUAAUGAUACACAUUAGUGUUCACUCCAGCCGUUGCAUUUUUCUGAUCCAUUCCCAUCUUACUCCAGCCAAUGUCGCCUACUACAUACUUGUAGUCUUAAAGACAGGCGUUUAAUAGCGCGCCUACUCUUCGUGAAUGACUUAAUUAUUGGUAACAUUGAUAGUCCUUUCCUUUUGAGUUUAAUUACCUUUAAUGCCCCAGCCAGGAAUCUCCGUACCAUGGUCCCUUUUUUUGAAAGUGCUGCUAGGACCAAUUAUGCUCGGAAUGAACCACUUUUAAGGGCUUUGAGUUUAUUUAACUCCCUACCACCCAGCAUCCGGUUAUGUUGGGGAUCCAAGAAAGACAUGCUUAGGCAAUCACUUAGGGAAUA